AUGGCUAAAUAUAUUGCGCAAAUUAUAGUUCUGGGUGCCCAGGUAGUGGGAAGAGCUUUUGCGAGAGCACUCAAGCAAGAAAUAGCUGCCUCUCAAGAGGCUGCCAAACGAGCUGGUGGUGGAGCUGAAGGCACCAGGAGAGCUGCUGCAAAUGCUUCCACUGGUCUCACAUUAGAAGAAGCAAUGCAGAUACUAAAUAUAGACAAAUUGGACAAGGAAAAAAUUGUAAAAAAUUAUGAGCACCUAUUUCAAGCCAAUGAGAAAGCAAAAGGUGGGUCUUUUUAUUUGCAAUCAAAAAUUGUAAGAGCUAAAGAAAGGAUAGAUGCUGAAUUUAAACAGGCGAAACAAGAACAGAAGGAAGCACCAAGCCAACAGAAGGAUACAUCAUGA